AUGGAAGAUGAUGUAGAUUGGGACAUCCGACUUCUCACCCAACUCCCCGAAUACGCCAAAGGAGUCCACACACUCUCCCACAUAUCUCAUUCCCAUCCCAAACGCUCUCCAUACGGCAACGACUGGGAUGUUCUCUGGCCCGGACACUGCGGCGAUGUCCUCCCCGAACCCAACACCCCCCUCUACAUGAUCCCCAACGACCCAACCGUCGCCCCCAAAGCGCAUCAAGCCUGA